AUGGAUUGGAUGCAAAAUGUUCGUGAUCCUUUGUUACCCAUAGAUAUCCCGUUACAAAGUAAAAUGUGCGACGGGAAUGUUGAUUAUGCCAAGUUUGAUGUGUGUGAAGCAAAUCGUUUGUUGACAAUUGAUGAACAAUGUUUGGAUUUCAUUUUAACAUUUUCAAGAAAAAAUAUUAUAAAACUAUCAUCGAAUAAAUCCAUGUGGUUGGUAAAUAAUGGAAUGAUUGUACCGUUUCCACAAACUUAUUUUUAUUUUUUAAAUUCUGUUACAAAACAGAAAACGCAAGUAAUUACAAUGAUGAUGAUAUGCUGGAGUCGGGAGAUCUAUGUAGCUGUUGAUGUAAUUUUUCAUAUGACACCCGAAAAAGCAUAUACGUACCCUGUGAAAUAUCGUGCACCUUAUAUUGAAAUUAAACGUAAUUUUAAUGUGCUUUAUUUUAUGAAUACGAUUUUUACAUGUAAAACACUAAAGACAUAUGUUUAUGGACGUGUGGAAAUGUUUCUUGAAACUAUUUUUCACUUUAGUUCUAUGGACUUGCCACUAGAGACUGUAUGUGUAAAGUGUUCUGAUUGUGUACGAAUGCAUGGCUCGUGUCGUUUAACUGAAAUUUUACUUUAUUAUUGUAAAAUGCUUAAGGAUGCGCGUAUGCGAAUGUUAUCAAAUUGCAAGGGGGCGUGUAUUACAAGAUAUUUUCCUUAUUUCUCACCGUGGUAUUCACACCCUACUUGCAAGCAUGGAUAGUGUACGACAAAAUGCGUAUAUUGGGGAGAAUGAGGACAAAAAUGAAAUUCAAGAGUUAUUGUUUUGUGAUAAUAAAUUUUUAAUGUUAGUUAAAGAAAUGUGGCGUUAUUAUUUAAAAUUACCUGUGGGAAUUGAUGAGAUACAAAGUAAUAUUGUAAAUGGCGGUUGUAUAAUACCAUUUCCGCAGUGUUAUUUUUAUUUUGAAAAUAUGUAUAUGGUAAAUAAUGGGGUGAUUGUGAGCAGUUCAACAAGACGUGUGGUAAUGGGUUGCGUAUGUUUCUCGUUGGGAUUUUGUGGAUUGAUCGAGGUUGAUUUUUAUAUGCACCCGCGUAAAUCAAUGUAUAUAGCAACGGAUCAUGCAUGGAGCCCUCCUUAUUGGUCGGUUACCACUAGUAUUGAUAUGAUAUGUCACGACGAGGAAUACAUAGGGAGUAUACAUUUAUUUUUAUAUCAGAAAACAAAACUUUUUAUGGCUGCUGUUGAUCAAUGUACACAGUGUAGUGAUGACGUUUUACGUGAAGUGUGUAAUAAUGUAUUACAUAUGUAUCCAUCUUAUCGUUUGGCGCGUAUUUUGAAAUAUCUUUUAAAACUACAGUAUACGGUUAAAGAUUUUAUGACGUCAUCGUGUAAAUGUAUCACGUGGAAUACAGAACGUCGUAAUUUGCAAUAUAUACCCCCAAGAUGUCGUUGUGAGACAAUGUGUGCUUCGUGUGUUGUACAGUUUAAAAAUUUGGAAUAUAUUUGUGAUUAAAAAAUGUUUUGUCGUGCUACACCUUGUGAUGAGGAGUUAGAAGUUUACGAUAUUCUUCGUCGAAAUAUUUAUGCUAAGGGUGGUGAAAGAAAUGUGAAUUUGUUAUAUGCCGAACAUAUUUUUUCCUUCAGCUCAUAUAUGUACGUUGUUGAAAAACAUUUGAAUUUGGAACGUACGGUAUUGUCGUUGGAUGUGAUUUUAACGUCUGUACGUUGUGCUAGAAAGCAUAUUGCAUCAAGAUUUUUGAUAAAAUGGAUACCCUCUAAUCACAUGGGACGCGUUUGUCGGGAAUCUAUGGGUUGUACUAUGCCUCGUUAUACAACGGGUUGUAGACAUGGAUAUUUUGAACAACAUUCUCGAAUGGUGACUAUACUGCAUGAUAUUUAUUAUGCAUUAAUGAGAGAAUCACUAAAUAAAGAACUUCGGGACGCAAAAGAGAUUUGUAAAACUAUCUGUUUAAAUUAUGAUGUAUUUGUUAGCGAACAUUUAAUUCAAACUUAUAUAAUUUAUGCACAAAAAUAUUAUACGAAUCGAAAUUAUUUUAAAAUGAAUUGUAAAUGUAAUGCAGCCAAACCGUAUUGUGUUUGUGAAUGUAUAAGAAAUAGAUUUAUAAAAUAAAAAAUAAAAUUUUUUAACCUUCAGUGUGUGUGUGCGUGUGCUCUUAGGGGUAUGGAGAUUGUAGAGCGUUGGUUUGAAAAACAACAUAAUCAAAUUCAAAAUUGGGAAAAAAAUUAUGUACGAAAAUAUCAAAAAGAUAUUGUUAGUCGAAUUACACACGUUAUGGAUUGUGAAGCAUAUACGUUGGGAAAAAAUCAAGUUUAUUUAAGAGAGGUGUCUGUGUAUCGAAUACGAGACGAAAAAACAUUUUCAUUUCAAAUUUAUAUGCCUAAUAUUUAUAUAAAUCCAAAGGUAGUACAUUAUCAAAUUCAUCACGUUCAUGGUCUACCCGUGGUGUAUGAAAAAAACAACGAGGAUUUUUUACAAUAUCAUGACGUGUAUAAAGUGUUGUGUGAAGAGUUUAUGACCUCUGCAGAUUUGGUGGGUUAUAAAGGUGGUACUAUUGAAAGAGAUUUAUUAAAGAAAUUGGGUACGAAAGGUAUCAAUAUUGAGUUAUUGGGGUGUGAGAAGUAUGCGAACUUGAUUACCAAAUAUGGUAUGACACCUGAACGCUGUCCGUAUCAUUUGUACGGUGAUUAUCAUUGUUCUAGACACGAAGUUCAGGUAUUUGCACAUUUCUUAAACGAGUUAGCACAAUCAUGUCGGACUCCGUAGAUCUUUCGAAUGACUUUGUACGUCUUUCACAAGGACAGGCGGCCAUUGAAGCGUUUGAUGUUUUAUUGAAAAAUUAUUUACAUCAUCCUAUUCUAUGGCGUUUGUAUUCUGUGAAUAGUACGUUACGUCUGAGAAAACCUCGUAUGGAUAAAGAACGUAUCAUUUGUGAUUAUUUCGUGGAAAAAGAACCGUGGCUGUGUGGUGUGGGUGCGGGAUUAAAUUCUAUCAUUUGUUAUGAUGACAAAAUUAAAGACGACGACGGAAAUCGUACGGUCGAAGCGUUGGUUUCGCCAAAAUAUGACAAAGGAAUUACGUAUGUUAUACCUUGCGAAUGGGUGAAAAGGGUGGUAUUUGACGAAGAGGGCUACAUGAUUCUGAAAGCUUUCGAGUUUUGUUGCCGUCAAGUUUUAAAGCGUACCGAUUGCAAAUUGGUGCGUUGUCAAGAGAUGAUUUUAGGUGAACCUUAUCUUAAGGAUGUAAACUAUUUUCACGUAGGAUGUGGACCCUGCAACGAAGAAAAAGCGUACUUGUUGUAUGAAAUACCUAUUUUUUUGGGUUUAAAACCCUUGUUUGAAAUAUUACGAACAGCAUCGUUUGAAGUAGAUAUAUUAUAUAUUGUAUAUAUUUUAGGUGAUAUUGCCGAUCUAACGCUACAUAUGAUGAAAAAUGACGGUUCGUUUAAAGAAUAUGAUAGCGCAUAUUUGCAGAAUUUAUUAAAACAUAUUUUAGUAUGUAGUAGAUGUUGUAAAUAUUUAAAAGAUUUUAUAAUGACAAUUGAUAAGUUUCUUGAGGCAAGUGACCCCGUACCAGAUUAUAGUGAUGAUUGUAACGUAGAAGUAUUUUUAGAUGAUAUAAUACCCUGUGACGUUUUUUUGAUAGACGGUGAAUUUAAUGUGAUCCGAGAACAAUAUUAUACGGCAUUGUUAAAUUAUACUAAUGAAUUGGGUAUUGAAGCUUCGCAUAGUUUAGUGUUAAAGUUUAUACAAGAGCAUGGCAGUGUUUCGUAA